GAAAGCACGAAGAAGUCACACUGCCAGGAUGAGCUUAGACCUGAUUUCCCCUAAGCCUGGGCCGGGGUCCCUGGAGUGCGAGGGGGUCCCUGGGACCUCGCCCCUGACCCCCCCUCCUUAUGCCGGGGAGGGGGCUCUGGAACUCCGAGGUUCCCUGGACUGCUGGGCUUGCGCCGUGCUGGUCACUCUGCAAAACUUGCUAGUCGGUGCGCUAAACCUUCUCCUAGCCGGGUUCGUCUUUGGGCUGAUCCUGCUGCCGGCUGGGGUCCUUUUGGGCUUUGGAUUCCUCUGCCAUUCCAAGUUCCUAAACACCCAGGAGCACUACUGCACCGACCAUUUGCACGACUCGGCUGCGGUGGGCCUGUUGGUGGUGGGCUUCACCCUGCUGGUGCCCCUCCUGGUCCUGGCUCUGGCCGCUUACUGCCGCCUGGCGCGCCGCCUGCAGCUCGGCUACUGCCUGGUGCCCUACAGCAAAGCCAUCUACAAGAACCUGCCCGCCAGCCGCUACCACAGCGUGGGCUGCUGCGGCUGCUGCUCGCAGGACCUCGAUGCGGCCGGAGAGAAAGUGUGGGUGUGA